AUGGGAUCAGGAAGUAUCAAGCGUGUGAGAACAGGAUGUUGGACCUGUCGAAGGCGUGGAUAUCGCUGUGAUGAGGGCAAGCCGGUCUGUGCGGAAUGCACCCGUCUGAGCCUCAAAUGUGAAGGCUAUAACGUCCGCUUGACGUGGAUGCAAUCGACUUCACGUAUCAAAUCUUCCAAGGCGCGGCGGCGUUCAAGCCAGAAUGGCACUGGAGGCAACAGUAUACGAGAAGAGGCACAGGCUCCAAAGUUGGCUCUAUCGAAACUCCGAGCCGCACCAUCUUCCAUCCUGUCCUCCAAGGAUCAAUUCCUCUUACAUCACUUUUUCUACACGGUCUCGGGGUUACUGUCAAGCACACACGAUAGAUCAAUCAACACUUACUGCCGAGUCGUCCUGCCUAUGGCCAUGUCUUCCGACCUGCUUCUGAAUACGCUCUUACUCGUAUCAACUUCUCACCUGGCGUCAACCUACGAACAAUUUGCUCUAGAACUGCCGCAUUAUGGGAAUCGUGUCUUACCGAAGCUGAUCAAUCGCAUCAACACAUGGCAAGGGUUUGACGCGACUACGCUAGCCACCAUCAUAAUGAUGAGCAUCAGUGAGGUGUUUGUAGUCAAUCCUACAAACUGGUCUCAACAUCUCAGAGCCGCCGGAAAGAUCAUUGCAGACUACAUGGUUCAAUGCAAGGCGCCCGAUCGAGACUUGAAGAUGCUCCUGGACAUAUUCGCCUACCAGAGUGUCCUGGCCAGCAUCGGCACCGACUACACGUCGCUGGUGAUGGACUUUUAUAACAGAGAUACAUGGUCGGCGCUCGUCGAUCACAGUAAUGCUUUCCUUACAUCCGUCGAUGGACUUCUCUCACAGGUGGCUAAACUCUCAAUGUUGUCUUCAGCAUCGACGGCCAAUGGAAGCAGCAGAUACAUUGAAGCUUUCCAGAUGCCAGCAGCGAUCCAUCUCAAAAGCAAAUUGCUGGAAUGGAGCCCUCCGCAAGCAAUACCCAAUGAUGCUUGCAAUACCGCCGAAGCGAUGCGAUAUGCCGGUCUUCUAUUUUACCACAAGUUGACCCUGAUGUCACCCGGUAGCCAUGACCGAGAAGAUAUUGAGCAUUACUGCAGAGAAAUCGUCAGGCACAUCGGCUAUGUCUCGGUUGACAGCCCCUCGGCAGCGAGUCACUUGUGGCCACUCUACAUGGCGGGCUAUUUUGUCAAUCACAAUGGGUCGGUCAAUCACGCGGUCCAAACCUUCGUGAGGGGCCGUUUGACGGCGCUGAAAUCCAGACGUGGUGUCAAGACGCUUGAUAAAGUUCGAGAACGUCUUGAGCAGGUCUGGAUCUCGAAUGAGGCAGGAACACCAGCUCUGGAUGGUCCGUUGAUUUUGAUAUGA